AUGGUGCACUAUAAAUUACAGGCAGAUGUUCUUGCUCAGCCCACAGAGAGAUUUGAUCGUAAGAACAUAGGAACUGCCAUACCAGAACAGACCAAUGUUACAACUUCCGAAAUCAUCGACAGCAGGCUGAGGAGUAUUUCUCAACUGCCCUAUGGUAAAGCUCUCUACACCUAUGAGGGAAAAGAACCUGGUGACCUCAAGUUUACCAAAGGGGACAUUAUCAUACUACGACGAAAGGUGGAUGAGAAUUGGUAUCAUGGAGAGCUCAAUGGAAACCAUGGCUUUUUUCCAGCCAGCUACAUUCAGUGUAUCAAGCCCCUUCCACAAGCUCCGCCUCAGGGCAAAGCACUUUACGAUUUUGAAAUAAAGGAUAAAGACCAAGACAAGGACUGUUUAACCUUCACCAAGGAUGAAAUUUUGACUGUUAUCAGACGAGUAGAUGAUAACUGGGCAGAAGGAAUGCUGGGAGAUAAAAUUGGAAUUUUCCCUAUCCUGUAUGUUGAGCUCAACGAAUCAGCUAAACAGCUAAUAGAGAUGGACAAGACAUGCUUAGCUGCUGCAUCUGGCUGUGAUGUUCCUUUGCCAUCUGACACCAACAUGGCAGUAAAUUUGGCCCAGUGCUCUACUUUAAACAAUACAGGAGCAGUCAGUGCCAUUCAGCGGCAUAUUGAUGGCAAGAAGAAUGCCAAGAAACGCCACUCCUUCACUGCUCUCAGUAUGACACACAAAUCCUCUCAGGCCAUGCAUAACAGGCAUUCCAUGGACAUUAGUGCUCCAGUUUUGAUCAGCUCUAGCGAUCCCCGAGCUGCUGCCAGAAUCGGAGACUUGACUCAUCUUUCAUCCAGUGCUCCAGCCCAGGACUCCUCCUCAAUUGGAACAGUUACAGUGGCUGGACCCAGAACAAGUGCAAUAACUGGAGAUCAGGGAACACCGACAAAGGUCCAGCUCCCCCUCAAUAUCUACUUAGCUCUGUAUGCAUACAAGCCUCAGAAGAAUGAUGAGCUGGAGCUGCGUAAAGGCGAAAUGUAUCGGGUCAUUGAGAAGUGUCAGGAUGGCUGGUUCAAGGGGACGUCUCUGAGAACAGGAAUGUCUGGAGUCUUUCCAGGCAACUACGUGACUCCUGUUUCCAGAGUGCCUAUAGGAGGUGGCCAGCCCAGGAAUAGCUUAGCAGGCGGGGCUCAGACAAUAAAAGGAUCCCCAGGAGCUGUUCACCCAGGAGGUGCAAGUCUUACAAACACGGCCACUGCUGUCAGACCUGUUGUUCCAAUCACUGCACCUCAGACACAUCCCCAACAACAGACAGCGUCUCCUCAGAUGAAUAACUGCAUGAGGUAUUCAGCCCAGCAAAUGGUCAGCCAGACUCGCAGUGCCAUGCAGAUGGUAGCACACCCCUCUGCCCAGGUACCGGAGCGGCCCACGGCAACCGUCUCACCUCUGAGAACCCAGAACUCUCCAUCCCGUCUCCCAGCCACUGUGGUUAGGUCACACUCCAUGGCUUCUCCACAACAUGGCCACCAGUCCGCUGUCCAAGUUGUUCCUGGAGCACAGUGUGCCAGGCCCAUCAUUCCUCUCACUUCAGCAGCAGCAGCCAUUACUCCUCCAAAUGUCAGUGCGGCCAACUUGAACGGGGAGGCAGGAAAUGGGCCGAUCAGCAGCUUGGUGACUUCCAGCCCAACCAACACCUCCUGCAAAGCAGAGGAGAGGAAAAAUGAAAAGAAAGAGAAGAAGAGCGGAUUGUUGAAACUUUUAGCUGGCGCGUCAACAAAAAAGAAAUCACGCUCCCCUCCAUCUGUGUCUCCGACACCGGACCCCCAGGGAGCUGUGGAGGGAGCUCUGCAGGGAGCAGUGGGACCUGAACUCUCCUCACUCUCCAGCCACGGCAGGGCAGGUUCAUGCCCAAUUGAAAGUGAAAUGCAAGGAGCUAUGGGGAUGGAGCCACUGCACAGAAAAACAGGCUCCUUGGAUUUGAAUUUUUCCAUUCCUUCUCCCGCCAGGCAGCUACCUUCUUCGAUGGCAGCCAUCCGUCCUGAGCCCAAGCCAUUGCACCGGGAAAGGUAUCGUGUCGUGGUUCCAUAUCCUCCUCAAAGUGAAGCAGAGAUUGAACUGAAAGAAGGUGACAUUGUGUUUGUGCACAAGAAAAGAGAGGAUGGCUGGUAUAAGGGGACAUUACAGCGAAAUGGCAGGACAGGCCUCUUCCCCGGAAGCUUUGUAGAGAGCUUCUGAGGGCUUGCUUUCUUCCCCAUCGCUGCUCUCUGAACUGAAAGAUCUUUCAGAGGAAAUUCCAUAGCACAAAAAGAGACAGCAAAGGGAAAUGUGACUGAUUUCCACUGCCAUUUUUAUGUCCAAAGACUCCCCGGGCCCUUCAUUCUACAGCUCUGGAACCACAGUACCCGCUGUGCUUCCGAAACCAUGUGCAGUACAUACAGUGGUAUGUUGAAGUAGUGCCUUCCACUUGGACUCAUAGACUGAGAGGAUGCACAUUUGGUUUGUAUCUAAACUAAACUCCAACUGCUACCCAUUAUGUAAAUUAUAGAGAAAAUAUCUUUUAAAAAGUUGUUAUAUUGCUGUAACUUAUUUGUCAGAGCUGCAGUGUUCUUAUUACUGGCCUAUGCAAGAUGGAUUUGGGUGUGGCAGGAGGCAGAAUAGGGAGCUCUUGAACUGGGAUUUUAUAUUUCCCGGGGGAGAGUGUGGAAAAACCCAGCUAAAGAUUUAUGCAUUGUUCUGCAAGAAAGAAUCAGGAGUCCAAAAUGUUAGUGUCAUGCUUUCUAUAUACCUCAAAAAUAUGCUGCAUAAGGAUGUCAGGAAGUGUGUUUGUGAUCAGAGUUGCAUUUCAUCUGAAGUACCUGUGAGAUGCACUGGGCAGAUCCCUGAAGAACUCUGGCUCCAUCAUUAAAUUGUGGUUAUUUGAGUAGAAACCCUUUGGUUUAUCAUCUGUCCAUAUUAUAUGCAGCAUUUUUUUUUGCCCAUCCAGUAUCCACCUUUCCAUUGCUUUUUAUUUGAUGUUUUUGGUAUGACAUACCUUUUUUAAUUGUUUGCAGUAUUGUUGCAGCUGUGUUGGUCCCAGGAUAUUAGAAAGGCAAGUUGAGUGAGGUAAUACCAUUUAUUGGACCAACUAUUUGAUCCAAUAAAAGAUAUUGCCGCACCCACAUUGUCUCUCUAAUUAAUACCUUUUUAAUGUAAGAACUGUUAUACAUGAUAUAUAUACACAUAUAUUCCUAACAGAUCAGGCAUUUCCUGCUUUUCAUACAUCUGGUGCUUUUAUUAUUAUUUUAUUAUUAUGAAGAUCCUGUUUGGCUUAAGAGAGAGACUGUUAACAGCAACAUCAACAGGUUUCAUAUUUAACAUGUGAAUUCUGAAACGUACUGAAAGUAGAUUUCAUCAAGAAGAAAAUUUUUGCUAAUACUACAUGAAGCAAGAGAGAAAAAUCAGAUCAGGCAGUGAUGUGUGUGUGUGUGUGUGUGUGUGUGUGUGUAAUGUAACUCACUUUCAUAAGAACAUUCUUUAUAUAUAGUUUCUAAAGACCCUUAAUAAAGCACAGUAAUCUGUCUAGACAAUGAUAAUUAUUCAAGAAUUGGGAGCAUUUCCAGGAGGAGUAAUUUUAAUUGACUUUUAUAUGGCAAUAAAAAGAACACUGCAGGUUCCAGCAAGCACAGGAAUCGUGGAAUUUUCCUCUGUCGUUGCAUCAGAGAGAAGAGAGCCAAACUGCAACAGCUGUAAUUAGCAUUGUCAAAAUGUGAUUUUUUUACUGUAGAAAUGUACAGUUCUCAACACCGUUCUAACCUGGUCAAGCUACAAUGCAAAACAGAUCAGGCAAUGUAACCCUCCAUCUGCAGGGGACCUAAAGGUGCAAUAAAUGUAAAGCAAGUUUCUGCAGUUAUUUGUAUCGAACAAAGAAGAGAAAAAUCAGAUAACACAAGUGUGGAAGUAUUUGAAAAAGAAUCUCAGUUGUGGUAUCCUAUAACCGAGUCGUAACAAAAGAAUAUUCUUAACUAUGUUGUGCCCUGCCUUUCCUAGUGACUGGCUGCGUGCCCAGAACAGGACAUGGUGGUCAUUCAAGACUAUGUUAGAGUUGCAGUAACCUGGAGAUGAUCUUAGUGAAAAGAGGAGGCGCAAUGGGUGUAUGCCGUUGCUUUGUUCCCAGUAUUUCUUAUGCUGAAGGUGCAGGUUUUGUUUUCAUUCAAGCCAUGUAUGCUAGCACAUAUCAAAACAUGUGUAAGUGAACAUUCCUACUUACGUUGAACUGAAUGAUUUUGUUCUCUGUCAAAUGCGUUUCUCUUCCUGUCAUUUGUAACAAACAGAUUCCAGAAACACAGACUGCUGCCAAGUAUUGCCUCUUCAAAUCACAGAAACAUUAUUGGGGGGG